GCCCCUCCUCCCACCCCAAAAUGCAGCCCACGGCCACCAUGGCCACGGCUCCCGCCUCGGCCGCCGUCGCCCUGACCACGUCGUGGGACAACGCCACCAGCCGCCCCACGGCAGAGCCUGACCCCGGCCCGGACAGCCACGUGGUGCUGGUGGUGGUUGUGUCGCUGUUCGCGGGGGGCGCACUGGUGGUGCUGUCGGGGGCCCUGCUGCUGUGCAAGCGCUGCUGGGAGGCCCGCCGCUCCGACAGAGCCACGGAGGAGGCAGAGAAGGCCAUCACCACCUACCUGGACAACAGCACUCAGCCGGCCCCAGACCCCGACCGCGCCGGGGCCGACCCCGAGGGCCGGGAUGCCGAGACGGAGCGCUUCCUGUCCACCGGCUCCACCGGCCGCCGGGUCUCCUUCAACGAGGCCGCCCUGUUCGAGCAGGGCCACAAGGCACAGGACAAGGGCCGCCGGUACACCCUGACGGAGGGGGACUUCCACCACCUGAAGAACGCGCGUCUCACCCACCUGCACCUGCCGCCGCUGAAGAUCGUCACCAUCCACGAGUGUGACCCAGGCGAGGGCAGCGCAGCCGCCACGUCCAAGGCCAGCCUGGCCAUCUUCCAGCCCCCAGGGAAGGCCCUCACCGGCCGGUCCUUGGGCCCCAGCUCCGCCCUGCCAGGUGACCCCUAUAACUCGACCGCCAGCGCCGCUGACUUUGCCGAGUGCAGCGCCUCAGCAUCGAGCAGCUCUGUGGAGGGCGCCUCGGGGGACGCGGGAGCCAGGAGCGCCAGGGCCGGCGGGCCGGGGGCGGCGCCGGGGCCCGGGGAGGCCGGGGCCGGCUCGGUGCUGCAGUUGCUCACCCGCCUGCGGCGCCACGCCAGCCUGGACGGCGCCAGCCCCUACUUCAAGGUCAAGAAGUGGAAGCUGGAGCCCAACCAGCGCGCGUCCAGCCUGGACACGAGAGGCUCCCCAAAGCGGCACCACUUCCAGCGGCAGCGGGCGGCCAGCGAGAGCACGGAGCAGGAAGGCGAUGCUGCCCCGGGGGACUUUAUCCAGUACAUCGGCCGCGCCGGCGAGGCCAGGGCCUUCCCACCGCCCAGCCCCUUCCUGGCCAGCCCCAGCAGCCCGCCCCCCGCUCUCGGCAGGCUAGAGGCCGCCGGGGAGCCAGGCGCGGUGGGCGGCGCCAGCCCCGAGCGCUCCCCCGAGCGCGCGGGGCCCGAGCAGCAGCAGCAGCAGCAGCAGCAGCAGGAGGUGGACGCCGAGCGGGAGGCGGCGGCCGAUCCGGCCCAGACCACGUACCGCGACAUCUGGAGCCUGCGCGCCUCGCUGGAGCUGCACGCGGCCACCGCCUCGGACCACAGCAGCAGCGGCAACGACCGCGACUCGGUGCGCAGCGGCGACAGCUCGGGCUCCGGGGGCGCGCCGCCCGCCUUCCCGCCGCCCUCGCCGCCGCCCGCGCCGCGGCAGCGGUCCAAGGACGGCGGCGACGCGGGCGAGGCCGGCGGCCCGCGCAAGCUGCUGCAGAUGGACAGCGGCUACGCCAGCAUCGAGGGCCGCGGCGCGGGGGACGAGGGGCCACCCAGCGCCGCCGAGAAGCGCCUCUCCUUCGGCAGCGCGGCCACCGCGGAGGGCAGCUUCGAGGCGCCCGCGGCCCAGACGGAGGCGCCCGCGGCCCCCGCCCGCCCGCGCAGCCCGCGCGCCUGGCCCCGCCGCGCCCCGCGCCGCGACUACAGCAUCGACGAGAAGACGGACGCGCUCUUCCACGAGUUCCUCCGCCACGACCCGCAGUUCGACGAGACCCCGCCGGCCGCCGCGCGCCACCGCGCCCGCGCGCACCCCCACGCGCACGCGCGGAAGCAGUGGCAGCAGCGCGGCCGGCAGCACAGCGACCCCGGCGCGCGCGCCGCCCAGGCCCCGCCCCCGCUCGGCGCCGAGCCCCGCCCCGCGCGUGCGCCCUUGCGGCGCGGCGACAGCGUCGACGGCCCGCCCGACGGCCGCGUCCCCGCCGUGGGGGCCGCCGACGCCGACGCCAUCCCCGUCAUCGAGGAGGAGCCCGGCGGCGGCGGGGGCUGCCCGGCCUCGGGCCUGUGCGUCGAGCCCUCGGGGGCGCUGCUGGGCAAGCUGGCGGCAGGCCUCGACGACAGACUCUUCCUGCCGCGCCUGGACGAGCCCGCCGUCCCCGCGCUGGCGGCCGCCGCGCCCACGUCCCCCGACCGCAGCCCGGCAUAAGCGCCUCGUCGCGGGCCCAGCCUCGUCAGCCAGUCCAGCGCCUCGCGGGGUCGGGGCGCGGGAGCACCUGGGCGCGCAUGCGCAGGACAUGCCCCGGGCUGUCCCCAGGCGCAUGCGCACGGGCCUCGGGGUUGCUGUCG